AUGAAAGGAAAGACACCGUAUAAUAGGAUUGGUCAGGUAGCUGAGGUAGAGAAGCUAGCCCUUACACUUCCCAUCCCCAUAUCUGAUGCAUUGGCUAAUUGGAAGAAAAGGGAGAAUCUCUUUGGUUUUUGGAGGGCUUACCUAGAAGAAGAAGAAGCGGAAAGGCUGUUUGUGAUACAUCAUUGGGAUGCAUUGGCAAAUAUAUUAGCUCUUCUCAUAUAUGGGCUAUUAUUGUUCCCAACCCAUGAAGGUUUUAUAGAUUCAGUUGCCAUAAGUGUCUUUUGGGCCGUUUGGAAGGAUAAACAAAGUUUGGUUCCUCCACUAUUAGCUGGAACUUUUCGUAAUUUGAAUACUCUACAUCAAAAGAAGAAUGGAAUGUUGAUAUGUUGCCUUCCAUUGCUCUAUAAUUGGCUUAUCUCAUAUGUGUUCAAGCCUAAUGCUCACAUCAGUGAAAUGUCCAAUGGGGAUUGGGCAAGAACUCUGGUGUCUUUGUCUAGUAAGGAUAUCAUUUGGUACCGACACAAGCUGAACAUUAAAGAAAUCAUUGUUAGUUAUGGUAGUUUCCCAAAUGUACCACUAAUAGGAUCUAAAGGUUGCAUUAGCUACAACCCCAUGUUAGCUCUGCGACAAUUUGGAUACCCUAUGUGUGGGAAGCCCGAUGAUAAAGAGUUAGAAGAGAUGGUUUUGAAAGAUAUGGGAACCAAUGAUCCAGUUCUACUCCAUAAGAUCAUCCGAUCUUGGGAAAAGGUGGAAAAACUUCGAGCCAUGGUGGCUAGACUUGGAAAGGAGAAUUGGGAUCUUCAAUCUGAACUCUAUAAAGAAACUGGAGAAAAUAUGAUUCUCAAUAGGAAGAGUAACCAAAGGAAGGAACUUUUGAAGGAGAGUCGUAAGAAGAAUAGAAUUGAGAAAGAUCUCAAGGAAAGAGUCUUGGAGUGCUUAGAUCAGGCUGAUAGUGGAUUAGGUUCACUCCAUGAUCAGUUAGCUAAGGCCAAAAGAGAGGGACAAAAGUGGAAGCGCUUGUGGGACCUAGCCACUAAGCAAAAGAAGGAGGUAAGGGAGGAGCUUGAAGCCCAAAUCCAAGAACUGAAGGAGCAACUUCGAAGCUCCAAAGCUGAAGUGGUGCGUGAAAACCUCCUUAAGGAACGAGCCCAGAGAGCCUCUCAAAUAUGUUCUAAAGCCUGGAAAGAGAAGUGUGAUGAGCUAAAUACCAACAAGGAGCUAGCUAGUUAUUGGAAGGAACAAUAUGAGUCUCUGAAGAGCCAAAGCAUGGGUUGGCUAAAUCGUAGGAAGCAUUUGAAUGAGAUAUUAGAUGAGUAUGAAUGCACAAUCAACCUUCUACAUCCAAGUGUUGUUGCAUACCAUACGAAGUUGGCUACCUCAUAG